AUAAAGCGUGGGUUUUCGCAUAUAAUAUAUUGCAGAUCAGAAAACAUCACUAACUCUCUUGUUCUUUAAAGGGUAAUUAAUAUAUUUAUUUUGGCUAAAGAGAGUUCUUUAAAAGUUUUUGUCUGAAGCAACAAUGGAAGAGAAGAAACUGAAUGUAGAUGCUCCAUUCCUAUCCGUGAGGCGAGUUCCUUCAACUAAUAUAGAGAAUUCAAGCGAAGCAGCGAACACCAAGAAGAUGGCGACGACGACGAGGAGAAGGAGAAAAGUCAAAGAUUCGUGUCAAGAAACAGAGCGUGAAACUCUGGUUCGGUUAUUACAAGAUGACCAGAGCUUCGAUCAUGUAAUGAAACCCUCUUUAGUUCCAUUUCUAUGGGAACAAAUACCUGGAAAGCCAAAGAAUCAUCAUCAUCACAUGGCUACUACAUUAAUCGGAGAAUCAGAUCUAAUCAAAGCUUUGGAUAUGGUUUCUUCAACAGCAAGUUUCUCUGUUAAUUGUAGUACCAAUGGAGCAAGCGAUGAGCUGGAGAAGGAUGAAGACAGGUCGAGUAAUGUAUCAAGAGAUGACGUCGUUCUUGAGUAUCGUGAUCUCAUCAUGUCGAGAUUUUUGCCAGCAGCGACAGCAAUUGCCUUGAGACAGAAGAAAGAAUCUUCUUUGGAAGAGAAGAUGAAGAAGAAAAAUAAGAAACGCAUCAUUACUCUACAGAGAGUCUCCAUGGCCAUAAAUCAAGAUUUACAAAAUGAUGAUUAUGAUCAUAAUCAUGUUGAUGAAACAUUUUACUCAAAUGAUUCCAAGAAAGCUAUGUCUGGGUUCUUGCCACGGUUCUGUUCCAAGAACUCAUUGGAUGUUCUUACACCUGUUCUUUCUCGGGUCAAGACUUGUCAGAAUCUUGCGGUAAAACCUGGCAAAAUCGUAAACCUGAAAUCUCAAGAUUCUGUUCAUAAAACCAAACCAGCGUCACCAAGAAUCUUGAGAUCAAACAAGGUUAUCAGCAAGUCUCAAGAACUCUAUCCAGUACCGAGAUUUUCAACGGAGCUUUCCAAAAUUUCUCAAUCGAAAUCCAGGGAAAAGGCCCGGAUCCUGAGAAAUCCGUCGAGGUUGCAACGAACAACGAGCGAACAAACUAACCGACAAGAGACGAGGUUUCUUGUCGAGGAAGUAAAGAGAAGGAGCAACAGAAAAAAAACCAGGUCAGAGAAUCUCUCUGUUUAUCAACCUCCAUUGCCUAAAACUCCUUCAGAAUCGUGGCUUUGCCGGACACUUCCCAGAAGCUCGGCCACUUCUAUCGUCUCCGGUCAGUUUGCCGUCGUCGUCUCCGGUCAAACCGCUGGUUUCAAGAAGAUGGAGCAAAAGACUAGUUCUCAGUCUACAAAAUGGGAGACGAUUGUGAAAACAUCGCAUCAACACCAUAACCAUGCACGCUACUCAGAGGAGCCUAUUGUUGUUCAUCCCUCUCGUCAACACAAACCCUAAACCGGAAAUUUCUUUUCUACAGACCGAGAUUCUUUUUCCGGUACAGUAAAAAAUUAUUGCUAUUAUUUAAGUUUUCCCAUCUGUCAUUAUUACGAUUGUGGUACAUGUGUGUUUGGAAUUUGUACAAGAGAUUGAUGAUGUCGGACCGAAUUGGGUUAGGCUUAAAGCAACCACAUUCUUUUCACCAUCAUCAAUAUCAGCAUGUAAGGAAACUGUAUUGAUUCAAACAUUUGGAAUGGAUUUUCUUUAAAUGAAAAAUUUCGUGAUACUCAGUUAAAA